UGAAUUUAAUGACCGCUUUUUUUUCCUGCCCGCCGAGGCGCCGAGAAACCCUAAACCUCUUGAAAACCCUAAACCUCACUAAUUUGCUCCAACAGCAUUCGUAUCGUAGCUGCAGAAGAAGAAACCUCAAGGUUCGUCUCUGCAAUCAAAACAAUGGCCUUCUCUACCAUCCUUCGCAGAGCUGCUUCGACCGUCGUUCCUUUAGCUGUUCGUGCCAUCGGAACUCAAAGAAAUUAUCAUUCUUCAUUGUUCGCUUCUUUGAAAAGCAACAGCCUUUCUCAGGAUGUCUGUUGGAGAACAUUUCUUCCGGCGCUUAACUUCUCUUCAGCGGCUAAGAGGCCGAGUUCCGAUGAAAACCUCCUUAGAGUCAUUGAAGAUGAGAUCGAAUGCGCUGAGCAAUCGGACGAUCACAACCGGGUAGAAGAGAUUCCUGAUGGAUUCCCUUUCAAAAUCGAAGAUAACCCUGGAGAACAAACGAUUUCACUAAGAAGAGAGUACCAAGGUGAAGUCAUUAGUGUUGAGGUUCACAUGCCUGAUCUUGUUACCGGUGAAGACGAGGAUGAUGAAGAUGAAGACAACGAUGAUGAUAGUGAGAGGGGCACCCAAUCCAGUAUUCCACUGGUUGUAAGUGUUUCUAAAGGGAGUGGGCCUUACCUGGAAUUUGGUUGCACUGCUUACCCAGAUGAGAUUUCAAUUGACAGCUUGUCUGUGAAGGAACCAGAAACUUCUGAAGAUCAUAUUCCUUUUGAUGGACCAGAUUUUUCGGAUUUGGACGAGAAUCUGCAGAAGGCCUUCCACAAGUAUCUGGAGAUUAGAGGAGUUAAACCCAGCACAACCAAUUUCUUGCAUGAGUACAUGAUCAACAAGGAUAGCAAGGAGUACUUGAUGUGGCUGAAAAACCUGAAGAAAUUUAUUGAGAAGUAAAUAUACGACAAUUCAAUGGCUUCACUUCCUUCUGAAGUUGCAGGGUUGUAAGUUUUUUUAUUUGGUUUCUUUUUUCAAAUUGCAACAAAAUGAUCACUAAACCCUGAUAUAUACCAAGUAGCAGUAAGAUGGUCAUUCUGGUAAUGUUGUAACUUUUCUUAAGUAUGUAGCCUUUAGCACCUUGCCAAAGUGAGUUGAUACCCAGUCUUUAGUCAAUUAACACAUGGUAGUUGUUGAGCUGGGUUYGUGUCAAGGUCCCUUUUUGAUUAAAAGGGAAGGCGAUGUUUUUUUGACCUGUUGAUCCGAAUAGAGCAUAUUCUGCAACUAUUUUUUCAGUGUUGAAUGUAGUCUGUUCGUUUAUUGAGGUAGAUUUCACAAUGACUUAAUAACUUGCUUCAUAGUUUGAAUUCAGAUGGUCGUUACACUCGA